GUGCAGACUACGGUGAAAUACCUUGGACCUGGACCUUGAGUCCCGCAGCCUGUAGGGUCUCCGCCGGGUGCACGCCAGGCGCACUGCAGUUGCUCCGCUUUUUUACAGCGGGCUUGUGUGUUUCGCGUUGGUUUCAGGAGGCUACCCCAAGGGUGCGUGCGGUGAGGCAGCUGGGCAGCAGAGGCACCUCCCCUGAGAAGCCAGCAGGGCGGCGUCCCGCGGGGAAGAUGAGCGGCACGGGCGCCCGGUCCAGCCACCUGUCCCAGCCGGUCGUGAAGAGCGUGCUGGUGUACCGCAACGGGGACCCCUUCUUUGCGGGGCGCCGCGUCGUCAUCCACGAGAAGAAGGUGUCCAGCUUCGACGUCUUUCUGAAGGAGGUGACGGGCGGCGUUCAGGCGCCCUUUGGGGCCGUCAGGAACAUCUACACCCCGCGGACCGGGCACCGCAUCCGGAAGCUAGACCAGAUCCAGAGCGGAGGCAACUACGUGGCCGGGGGCCAGGAAGCCUUCAAGAAGCUCAAUUACUUGGACAUAGGAGAAAUGAAGAAGAGACCUAUGGAAGUUGUUAAUACAGAGGUGAAGCCGGUAAUGCACAGCAGAAUCAACGUGUCUGCUCGCUUUAGAAAACCCCUUCAGGAGCCCUGCACCAUCUUCUUGAUUGCAAAUGGAGACCUCGUAAGCCCGGUUUCUCGCCUCCUCAUCCCCAGAAAAACCUUGAAUCAGUGGGAUCAUGUGCUACAAAUGGUCACAGAAAAAGUAACUCUGAGGAGUGGGGCUGUCCACAGACUUUACACAUUAGAAGGAAAACUUGUUGAGAGCGGGGCCGAGUUGGAGAAUGGGCAGUUUUAUGUGGCUGUCGGCAGAGAUAAGUUUAAGAAAUUGCCUUACGGUGAAUUACUUUUUGACAAGUCCACCAUGAGAAGGUCCUAUGGUCAGAAAGCUUCUUCACUACCUCCUAUUGUAGGAUCCAGAAAGUCUAAAGGGAGUGGAAAUGAUCGUCAAUCCAAGUCAACGGUUGGAUCCAGCGACCACGCUUCCCCUCAGCCCCCAAAGAGGAAAGGGAAAAAAGAGGAGGUGAAUUUGGAAAAACCCAAGAAAGGGAAACAAAACGUAAAGUCAAAGAACUCACCACAAAUAAGUCCAAACAGUGAUGAAGGCGUUUUCAAAGCUGGAGCAGAGAGGUCUGAGACACGGGGGGCAGCAGAAGUCCAAGAAGAUGAAGACACUCAAGUUGAGAUCCCAGUUGACCAGAGGCCAGCGGAAAUAGUAGAUGAGGAAGAAGACGGAGAAAAAGCAAACAAGGAUGCAGAGCAGAAAGAAGAUUUUUCAGGAAUGAAUGGUGAAGUUGAAGAAGGAGGAGAGAAGGAGACUACAGAUGCCUCUGAGCAAGUCGGGGGGCUCCCGGAUCACAGUGAGGAGCUGGCGGCUCCCACCCGCGUUAACGGAGGCACCGAUGAAGAAAAUGGUGAGGAGCUGGAUCAGGUUAAUACUGAGUCUCAGGAGGCAGUGGAUGAGGAAGUAAAGUCGCAAGGAGCUGGCAGUGGACAAGAUGAGGCUGACUUAGACCCUCAAAGACCACCAAGACCAGAAGUAAAAAUCACGAGUCCACAAGAAAAUGAGAACAACGAACAAAACAAGGACUAUGCUGUCGUAGCGUAGAUAAAUUUUUAAAAAAGAGAGUGUAUUGAUUAUCAGGAAAAUGAAGGGUUUUAAUACUUGAAUAAUAAGGAUAUAGUUACUGUUGAACAUAAUGUGACAACAUUGAAUACUACCUAUGGAAUUCUAAGAUUAGAGGCUUAAUGGAAAGACUAGAUAAUUUUGAGUAGCUACUAAAGGAGAGUGGCUUCUUUUCAUGGGAUAUAUUUGUAAAAGUCAUUUAGAAAAAUUAAGUAAGAGGGAUAGAGGGACAGUUGCUCGGGAUGACAAUUGGCCACUUGUCUUGGUAAGCGAUGAAAAAGGAUAGGACCACACCUAUUAUAGACUUGUCUAUAAAUUUAGAAGUGAGGUUAUUAGAUGGGAGCUUAUUCUAGAGCACUUAUCUAGGAAGGCAUAGAAUUUUAAAAGAGAUGAUAAUAGGAAAGCAUGUACUUUUUUUUUUAAAGCAAUAAACUCUUGAAUAAACAAA